AUGCAUGAACGAGCGAACAAACAGAGAGACGAAUUUUUUUCUGCUGGUAGAAGUUUUCCUCAAGACGCAAGAGUAAAACAUUAUAAAGAUAUUACGGAGCUCUAUAAACAAACGAAAGCGCUUUCGGAUGAGAAGGUAGCUAUCUUAGAUAUAUGUCAUUCAUUGUUGGUCAAGUAUAGCCAGAAAUUAAACAAGGAAAUUGUAAAUUUCAAGCUAGAACUGGAAGCUGAUAAUCCAGGAAUUACUGAGCAGAUCGAGAAAAGAAAGCGAAAAUGUAAAGAUGUUAGUGCUAAUAUUGCUAGCUCAAUGAAUGGAAAUUCAAGUCAAUUAUCUGAGACGUCAAGUUCAUUACGUGGACAGCGAGGACAGCUAGAUAGAACAAAUCGGGACUUGGGUUCUGAUUCGACUUCUCAACAGCAAAAUGCAAAUCAUUCAUUAGGUGGGGCACAAGAAGAGGAAUCAAAUAAUCGAAUACACAACUCUGGUGGUGAACGAAAUUCAGAUUUUCCUCAGCUGAAGGUAAUUGUGAAACGUUCACUCGUCAAUUCUCAUAAAAAUGGUAUUGUCAACAACUCUCAUUCAUCAUCUACAAAUCAAGCUCAACUUGUGUCAGUUCAGUCUGGUUCUUCGCAGGGGCAGUACUCGAUGCAUUCUUCGAAAAACGUUUCAAGCGCUAGCAUGAACAAUGCUGGAACAUCGGGGCAUGCUGCUCAUGGAUCACAAAUGAUGUCACUAGCUGCACAAGAAAGUCGACAUGGUCGCCCGAGGAAAUUAACGUCUAGAGCUCAAGAAAUGUUGUAUACCAUGCAGCGCCAUGAACGUCGUGCGAGGAGCCAUACUUCACACUCACCAGAGCAAGCUCAAGGAAGUGAUGAUGAAUCUGAUUCAGAUCGACGUGUUUGGUGUUUCUGCCGUGAGAAAGGAUAUGGUUCGAUGAUUGCAUGUGACAACCCAACGUGCCGUUACGAAUGGUUUCACUAUGGUUGUGUUAAUGUCACUGAAAAACCUAAAGGAAGAUGGUACUGUUCAGAAUGCGCACCAAAACAGGGAUCCGGGGAUAUAGUUGUCGCAAACAAAGCAUAA